AAUCAAUAUAUGUACCAUUUUUUUAUUUUUUUUUCUAGUUUUACGACUUUUAUGCGAUAAGAAUAAUAAAUAUCGAAUUUUAUGUUCUUCAAUCAUGACUACCCAGUUGAUUAUAUUUUCUAUUUUGUUCUUAUGUGUAAAAGAGGAUGCAACAAGUCAAUUUCAAAGCCUUGACAAAAAGUUUCACUUGGUAUCUGACUCGUACCAUUUGGCCAAAACUUUAUUUAUACAAGGAAGAAAUCAUUACGAUCACCUAAAAGAGAGAUCAUUAAAUACUACGAAUAUGUUCCUUGACUUAGUUGAAAUAUUAAACGAUUUAAUGGCAAAAGAAUUACGAAGUGCCGUUGUCAAAUUUUAUAAAGUAAAAUUUUUACACGAUUUCUCAAACUAUAUUAUAAAUAUGGAAGAGAUAAUUGAUAUAGUGGAUCACUGUCUCAUAGAGCCUGUUGAGAAAAUAAAAUUCAUAAGAAACAAAUUUUAUGGAUUGAUAAAGAAUUUUGAAGACUGGAGACAUUUUGAUUCGGUCGAUUUAUGCCACAAUGAAUUACCCGAUGAAGUUGCUGUAGCGCACUGUAUACUUCAUCAAGCUGUUUUGUUUAAUGAAACUAUGCACACUUCUAUAGUUACUAUUCUGGAGAUGAAAACUAAACAGUGUGCUCAAGACGUUAAUUCAACUUUACAUGCGGUGCAAGAGUGUCUUCACCAGUUUGUUCCAGAUUUCUUUGAUCAACUUCUUGUCGAUGCCUAUUCAGAUUUUUCUACAGAAAACUGUGAAUUUUUACAAGUAGUUAACGCUUCAAUGUUUGAUUUUACAUCAGAAAAGUGGAGAAACAGCUAUCAGUCCAUAUUUACCCAAAAAUGGGGAAAUUUUGUUAAUAACCUAAAGACAAAGUUACAAUUAGGAAAGAAAAACUUACAAGAGCCUCUAAAUAUGACUCUUUUUUCUGCUAAUAUUUCAUCGCAUGAUAUUGUGAAAGCUCUUUACAGAUAAAUAUAUGUGAAACGUCUUUUAUGAUCACGUAUAGAAUCAUUAAUUCAAUACGGUUCGUAAGUACAUCAUAUAUACACAUAAUAAAAAAUCAAAAUAUUAAAAAAAAUUAUCGCCCUGGGUCAAAGGAAAUGAUUCCUAUACGACUUACGAUACGAGAGACGAGACUUAGCGCUAAGUCUUGUUUUUAAAUUUUUCCCUUGUCUUAAAUUAAUUUUUAUGAUUAGCACAAUCAACGACAUUUAAGGGGGGAGCAUGACGGUCCUGUAACUGUGAGGUCGGGCAGAAGAAUAAAAACAUUCAUAAAAUAA